ACAGCAUCAAAAAGUUUUAAUUUCUUUCUCAUUCAACAUACCAUAUAUACUAAUAUUAUCCAUAAUCUAUGGCCACCUUUUAUCCUCUCAUUAGAAAUGGUGGUGGUUCAUUAUUUCUAAUACUGCUAUCAUGGGUUUUCCUAGUAUCUUCUUUAUUAUGUGUUUUGGGACGACCAGCCACUUUUGAGCAAGACUUUAGAGCCACGUGGUCUGAGUCUCAUAUCAGGCAUAUUGAUCAAGGCAGAACAAUCCAACUCAUGCUCGACCGAAGCUCCGGAUGUGGGUUUGCUUCCAAGGUGAAGUACAUGUUUGGGCGUGUUAGCAUGAAGAUCAAACUCGUCCCUGGAGACUCUGCUGGCACCGUCACCGCAUUUUACAUGAAUUCUGAUACAGAUUCUGUUCGUGAUGAGCUGGACUUCGAGUUCUUGGGGAACAGGAGUGGACAGCCAUACACGGUUCAAACAAACGUAUAUGCUCAUGGAAAGGGUGAUAGAGAGCAAAGGGUCAACCUCUGGUUUGAUCCUUCUGCUGAUUUCCAUACCUACACUAUUCUCUGGAACCAUAAACAUAUUGUAUUUUCCGUGGACGAUUUCCCCAUCAGAGUAUACAAGAACAACGAAGCGAAAGGGGUGCCAUACCCAAAGAUGCAAGCCAUGGGAGUGUACUCAACACUAUGGGAAGCAGAUAACUGGGCAACAAGAGGUGGGUUAGAGAAAAUCGAUUGGAGCAAAGCACCCUUCAAUGCCUACUACAAAGACUUCGACAUUGAAGGGUGUUCAGUUCCGGGUCCGGCAAGCUGCGCCUCCAACCCGAGUAACUGGUGGGAAGGCGCAGCCUACCAAGAACUUAGUGCCAUUCAAGCAAGGAGGUACAGAUGGGUUCGUAUUAACCACGUUGUCUAUGACUAUUGUCAAGAUAAGUCAAGGUUCCCAGUCACCCCACCUGAGUGUCUUGCUGGCAUUUGAUUAACAUCAUAUCCCAUUUUAUUCAUACAAUAUUCAGUACAUAACACAUUAAAAAAAAGUGACUAAUCAUACAUCAAUAUUUUAUAUACAGAAACUAUUAUUAUUAUUAUUGGAAAAAUGUUAUUUUCACAUCAAAAGGUGGAAAUUAGAAACUUCAUACAUAUAUAUAAGGAUCAGAAACAAAAAAAAAAAAAUUAAAGGCUUUCUGAUCGAUCUCUAUCUUUCAACAUCUGCCACAAGUUUGUUUCUCGAUCUCUUUAGUUUUUUUUUUUAUCAUUUUUUUUUUAAAUGUCGAAAUAGCACUUCGCUCUAAUGUUUGUGGGGAAAAAGCCUAAUAUGGAGGAGCACAAGCGCAUAUAAAUCAAAGCUAAUUAGCUAAGUCUCUUUCUGGCUUUAUGCCUUUGUAUAUUUAUAAGCAUUGUUUGUGUAUAAUAAAGCUUUUUAUGGUUUGUGAUCAAUGAAAAUAUACAUACCUACAUACAUACAUAUAUAGUGAGUUUUGUGGUGGCUUGUUGUUUGGUGAUUAAGAGUAAUUUUUUAUCAUUCCAUGAUAUAGGCAGCAAACAGUCAAACAAGAGAGUGUAUUAACUUUUAGUCAAAGCUAGCAAUUAGUGCCAAUUAGUACUAAGGGAGGUAACAUUAAAGAUUGGAAAAGUAUGGGGAGCCAAUGAAAUAUCUGUACAAUGCGUAUA